CGUCACUCCACCGGAAGUAGCUGCUGGAGGGUCGGCGAGCUGCCGUGAAAACUUCUGCUGCCUUGUUUGUCGUCGUUUUCGGGGCCACUGGUCAGGCGAAAGGCGCGACUCCUCUUCAGGUGAACAGACCUCAGCAUGGACCAUUCUCAACAUCAUGACCACCACACUGCAUCCCCGCCCACCAGCAGUGAUCAUGGCAAUGGAGGCGGACACGGAGGAGGGCACGAAGGGCAUAUGGGGAUGGCGAUGACAUUCAACUUGGACUACAUGGGCGUAGAGCUGCUCUUCUCCGGACUGGUCAUCAACUCUGCCGGAGAGAUGGUGGCGGCGUGCCUGGGUGUCUUCCUGCUGGCCAUCCUGUACGAGGGCCUGAAGAUCGGCAGGGAGUUUCUGCUGCGCCGCAGUCAGGUCAAUGUGCGCUACAAUUCCAUGCCCCUUCCUGGUUCUGAUGGGACGGUUCUGAUGGAGACCCACAAGACUGUCGGCCAGCGGAUGCUAAGCCCCUCCCACUUCCUGCAGACUCUUCUCCACAUCGUCCAAGUGGUCGUCAGUUACUUCCUGAUGCUCAUCUUCAUGACCUACAACGGUUACCUCUGCAUCGCUGUGGCGGCCGGUGCCGGCAUGGGCUACUUCCUGUUCAGUUGGCGAAAGGCGGUGGUGGUUGACAUUACCGAACACUGUCACUAGCCUGUUAGCAGGUCCCCGUUUUUAUCGUUAACUAAUCUGACAGUAGAUGCUGAUGACACGCUAUAAUAUUUGCCAACUAUCCGACGCCACACACCAGCUAGCCAACACUGCUAGCUAGUUGUCGUCCUGCUGUUGUUGUACUGUUUACGUCUGUUGCUCUAGUCAAGCUGGCAAAUGUGCCGUAUGUGAAGUGACCAAUCAGAGUUGAGAUUUAUGUGUUAGCGCGUCAGUGAUGAUAUUCGUUAAGUUAUUCUGCUCUGGCCUUACCGACCCGAAGCCUUAACGGACCAGGACCUGCUGCUGGUUCUGACGUCACCAAGUACUUUUAUAGGUCUUCUUAAAGUGGGCGGAGCCUGAUGACUGGCCAAUCAGGGAUGAGCUCUACUUCUGAUUGUUGUUUAAUGUGGAAGUCAAUAAAACAAAUCAACCAGUAGAUGGCA